AUGUUUCGCACAUUCCGGCAGCUUGCCCUCGUCUUGACGAUCACCAUUAUUAGUAGCCUUGCUGUCAUGCCGUCGGUAUCCUUUGCCCGUGACCUAAGAACAUACAGUGACCUCGAGGCCCCUGGUGUAGCGUUCGUCCUGACUCCAGACCAUGCAGUCGAAGGAACACCAGCAUACAAGGACUUCAUGCUGCGACAGAAUAUUUCGUUUCCAACAUUGGACCGGUCAGGCGAUUUAGAGAGCCCAGUAUCACAGCUAUGGGGCCUCAAAGAAAGACUCUGGAGACAACAAAACACUAGCACAGACAUCGGUAGAGCCGCAGUGGAGCCUGUACUGAGAGGUCUGAAGGCAGCAGUUGAGGCAUAUGUAGGCAACUCUAUAUGUUUCGUGACCGUGGUUUUAUCCGGACUGGAAAAUAACCACGACUACUUGACUCAUGUUAUUGCCCAAGCAGUCCGACAGAUUGGGCUUGCAAAGGCCUGGACUGGACGAACUACAGUUCCUGCACUUGCUCUUUUUAGCAAGUGGUUGCACAAAGGCGAUUUUGGUGAACCUGAUAGUCUCCUUCUUGUCAUCGAUAACAGCCAAUAUGGUUUUGACAUCACUUUGAUCUACCAGGAGGAAGGCUUAGUGCAAUCUCUCCGCCGCAAUCAUCAUCCUUAUACUGGAACUGAAAACGCCACUGAUAAGGCGUCAUUGCUCCAGCAUGCCCUCAAGGAGAUCAUCAAACCACCGUUCGACUACGACUUUUACGGUAUACAAGUGCCACAGACUAUCAAUGAACUUGUAAUCUACGGCGAUAGUAUCUGGGAUCCUGAUUUUCGAAAGACUCUGGAUGCAACUCUCGACUCACGUCUCAUUCGAGUCGAGUGUGCUAGACCUUCUCUGAAAAAACGGUCAUUUCCAGAAGGAAGCCAGCAAGAGCAUGGCGAGAGUUCCUUUCAAGUCCAAAGCACAUGCGAGGACGAUCCUUUGAACCCAUUGAACUGGUCGCGACCAGCACGAGCGAAGAAUAUCUUGAUUAUUUGCUUUCUCGUAUUCACGCAAUGCUGGGCUGGUUCUGCAAUUUCGAUGGGGAAUUCAGCGGCCAGUGAAGAGUUUGGUGUUAGCCAAGUCGCCGAAAAUCUCGCCACAGCCAUGUUUCUCUUCGGCGUCGGAACCGGGGCGUUGCUCAGUGGACCCAUAUCUGAAACGAUCGGAAGAAAUCCUACCUAUUUGGUGGCUACGGCAUUCUAUCUUUGUUUCCUUGUUGGAUCGGCCACGACACCUACCUUUGGUGGGCAAGUCGUUUGUCGGUUCUUUGUGGGCUUAUCGGCAAGUGCGACGUUAACCAUCAACGGAGCGAGUGUGAAUGACCAGUUCAGACCAGUCAAGAGAUCACUGGUGUUUCCUAUUGUUGCUUGGGCAAAUGUGGCGGCCCCUGUAAUCGCACCUAUUGCAAGCGGCUGGAUUGUCUCUAACCCAAACCUGGGUUGGCGAUGGGCAGAAUGGAUAACUCUGAUGAUUUCUGGAGCUGCGUUUGUAGUCGCCCUACUAUUCCUGCCCGAAACAUACUUUCCUCUCAUUCUAUCAUGGAAAGCGAAAGAGCUUCGUCGCGUUACAGGUGAUCAACGAUACACAUCGCAACAUGAGCAGAAGCACUCAUUCUGGAAGCAAAUGAGAGAAACACUCCCGCUACCUGCAACCUUCUUCCGCAGCGAACCGGUCAUCAUCGUACUAGGCCUCUACCUCGUCCUGCUGUAUAUUCUGCUCUUUAGUUUCUUAUCAGGUUUCGACUACAUCUUCAAAGAGACGUACAAACUCGAGCCUGGAUACCAAGGCUCGUGCUUUGCUGCCAUUGCCGCGGGAGCUACGGCCUUUGUUCUCUGUGGACCUGGACUCUACGAGUGGGCAAGACAACAUACCGAACGGGUUAGAGGAGCAUCCAUACAGCCAGAGUUCAGGCUCUGGCCAGCCAUUGUGACAGCUCCAUUCCUCCCGGUCUCACUAUUUUGGCUCGGUUGGACCAACUAUUCCACAAUUUCCAUCCGGAGCGGACUGGGGGCUUGCUUCCUCUUUGGAGUUGUGCUAACAUCUAUCUAUGUCAGUAGCUAUGAAUACAUUACUGAUAGUUACGGCGAGCAUUCCGCUAUAGCUUUGGGAAGUAUUACCAUGUCCCGUUACCUAAUCGCUGGCGGAAUGGUCAUGGCUGCGCGGCCGAUGUAUGAAGGUAUUGGAGUCCAUUGGACGAUGACAGUUCUGGGAUGCAUUGCAAUGUUGCUUACGCCAGCGCCACUUUUGUUCUGGAAGUACGGUCCUCAGCUAAGACGCAGAAGUCCAUACGCAACCACUAAUGUAUAA